AUGGCAACUUCAAAGGCUAAAGGUUCGACUACGGCUACACCUUCACAUCACGCUUCAACUUCUACAUCGACAAGUAGUGGAGGAGGAAAUCAUGGCAGUGGAGCAGGAGGAAAUAGCGGGAGCGGAGGGGGAAGUAGAGGAGGAGAAAGUAGUUCAACAGUAACUGCUUCUUCUUCCAAACAUCAUAAUAAUACAAAUAUAACGGGAGAAACUCAUGCAAAACGGCUUAAUAAAGGAAAAGAACUUGUUGGAAAAGAAAUACCGACAUUAGAUUUUAAUACACUCGAUAUUUCAGUAUUACGUAGAUAUAAAAGAAUUCACAAAUUAAAAGUUAAAGAUUAUGCCACUAAAGAAGAACUAGUUACAGCAGUUUCUAGACAUUACACUUCACAACCUGUCAAAGAAGUUGAUGUUAUUGCUGCUUUUGUAUAUACUGUACACAAUAAAGAUAAUGUCCUAAAAUUACAAAUUCCAUAA